CCUUUGGUAACUGAUGUUAUUUUUUCAUUAUAUAAUUCUGCUCUAAUAGCUGCCUUUACAUCAGUCUGAAUAAUGUUUUCUCUAGCUUCCAUUUAUUAUGAUCCACCAUAUGAUCAUUUUUCUCAAGUACCUAAAAUAGUGACUAAUACAUCCUUUACAGCAAAGACUCUCAUUUAAAUUUCACAGUGUUGGCAUGUAUUAGGAUUUGAUGGAUCAUCCCAACUGCAUGUUAAUAAUUGUGCUACUUAAAACUCAUAAACAGUAUGAAUAACUGUUUACCUCAGAGUUACAAGGGAUUCUGUAACCAUUUCUGUGCACUGGAAGAAUAUUGUGAUGCAAAGCACAAAGCAGGACGAUGUCAAGACGGCUCCAUUCUUUCCGUUCUGGGGGUAUUUCAAGGAGUAAAUCAGAGGGAACAUUAAUUGAUUUUGAUGUACAGAAUGUGUCAACAAGCAAACCAGAAACACCAGGAAAAGAUUUAGAUCUUCUUAUCGACUGGUCUGAUGUGUUCCAUGACCAUGUGCAGACUACAACAAAGCGUGCCAACCCUUUUUGGAAUGGACUUUCUGAAUCCAACCCUUUCUUGGAUGAUGUAGUUCAAGCUAAUACAUUUUCAAAAACAAAUGUGUCUAUCCUUAAAGAGGACCCACUAAUGCUGUUUAGACAUUCAAAAAAAAGAAAUUCAAUAUCAAGUUCUGGGGAUGAACUUGACAUAGAUAAAUUCCUGGAAAAUUCACCAGCAAGCAGACCUGCUAGAUCUAAAAGUGUCUCCUAUUUGGAUGUCAUAGAUGUUAAUGAAUUUGGUGCACCAAAAAUUGAUGACCAGAUUCUGGCUCCAGACUUGGAAUGGCUGCAAAAUGACCGGGAAGCCUACAAGAUGGCCUGGUUGAGUCAUAGGCAGCUAACAAGAUCAUGUCUUGAUUUGGACAUUAUAAGCCAGAGCCCGGGAUGGGCACAAACACAAGCUACAGACACACAUAUAAUCUGCAAAGUAGAUCACCAAGGUGGUUCUGUGACCCUUCCUAGCUCUGACAUUACCAUUCAUGUCCCUGAAGGUCAUGUAGGUCCUGGUGAGUUUCAGGACAUCUCCUUAAAAGCUUUUCUUGACCCACCAGAAUCUCUCAACAGUAACCUGUCAACUACUGUUAGUCCUUUUCUGGAAAUAACAUUAAGCAACAUCAAUACAUUUGAGGCUCUCUUAUUGGAAAUGAAAAUUGCAGCUGAGGUAAAGAAUGAUCCGUACAGCCAAGUCAUGACAGAGAUUGCAACCUUUUAUAGCUACAACAAAGAUGGCCCAUUUGAAAAAAUGCCAAAUGGUUACAUUUACAAUAACACGCUACAAAUCAAGUUACCUAUCCUGAGUCAUGUUACAUACAUAGCAACUGCAGCUGCAGUCAAAUCUUCUCAGAGCCCAGCUAAAUCUGUAUUUAAUUACAUCCAUAAAAGUGUAACAGUGGCAGUGUACGGGCCCAAACAUAUCCAUCCAGCCUUCACUACAGUCUUAGCAGUUUUUGGACACAACUAUACUCCAGACAAACUUAAAGUUGACGACAUCAAAAGACGGGGAAAAAAUAUGCCACCUCUAGUUUUCCAGCUGUGGGGAAAACAUCAGUUUUGUCUUGAUCCUGUGCAAGAUAUAUUUGUUAAUCUUGAUACAAGUGGCUCCAAUUUUUCAGUUAAAGCAGUAGAUAAUAAUAACGAAAUCAAAGAACCACAGUUAAAGAGCGGCAAAACAUUUCGGACUCAGUUUCCCUUUUCAUUGGAAGGAGCUCAAGAAGUUUGCACAUUUGUUUUUUCAAUUCAGAUCCAGGAUUCUAAAAGGUCAUUGGUUAUAUCAGAAUUCACAGUUGGCACUCCAAAUCCUGCACCCAAAAUACACGUCACACCAAAAAAUCAGACUCGUUUACAAAAACGAAAGGAAAUAAUGUCUACACCUGUUCUGCCAGCUAUCCAUACUAUCAAAUAUCCAAAGUUCCAAGAUAGAAAAUUAAAGAUCAACAACUUUGCAGUGACUUUAAAGACUGUUUUGCGUCAGCAAAAGAUUGAUUACUUCUUGGAAUAUUUUAAAGGAGACACAAUUGCACUUCUUGGUGAAGAUAAAGUUAAGGCCAUUGGUCAGACCAAAAUUAAAGAGUGGUACGUUGGAGUUUUAAGGGGGAAAGUAGGUCUUGUUCAUUGCAAAAAUGUAAAAAUUAUUUCCAAAGAGCAAGUUAUUGACUUUUCAGAUGUUCAUUUUUCAACAAAGUUGCUUUUGGAACAGAUAGCACUGCCGUUUAAAAAAUUAACAUACAUCUACUCAUCAGUUCUGUCAAAUGUGUCAGAAAAAGUGUAUGACUGGAGAUAUUUAGCUGAUGCCCUUGGAUACUCCCAUUUGUCACUAGAUGACAUCACUCACACUCUUCCUUCAAAAGAGUCAGAUAGAGUUGCUGCUGUGGUAAAAAAGCUAAAAGAGGAUUGUCAUGCUGAUUCAAAAAAGAGAAAAUUUCAUUAUGAACUUAUUAUGGGUCUGUUGAAGAUGGACUGUCAAGCAUUAGUAGCUCAUCUUACACAAGACACAGUGAUUCUGACUGCCGCUGUGCAGCUAGGCGUACGUUGGAGGGAGCUUGCGGAGAAGCUAGCCAGACUAACAAAGCAACAGAUUGAAGCCUAUGAAAUCCCUCAUCAAGGAAAGAGCGGAGAAGUCAGUUUACAGAUGAUGUGGAAGCCUGCCUUUGACUUUCUCUAUACCUGGGCAGCUCACUAUGGAGACAGCUACAGAGACGUUCUACAAGACCUGCAUUGUGCAUUGGACAAGAUGAAAUAUCCCAUCACCAGGCAGUGGAGGGAGCUGACAGGAGCUCUCAUCUUUGUGAACUGUUUGGAGAUAUUCCGAAUUACGUCAUUUACCAAGUUAGAAGAUGAAUUGUGAAUGCAGACAAUUUAAUGUUUAUUUAUCCUGAUAGACUAAUGGACCUUUUUGGAUUUAUAUGUACAUUUUUUUUCAUGUACAGUACAUGUGCAGUGAGACUGGCCAUUUUGGCAGUUACUUAGGUUUUUCUAUAUGCGUUCUGGCUAAUUUGAUUUUGCUGUAUAAUAUCAGUGUCAUUAGCAACAUUCCAGCAGGCAGGUGCCAUAGCAACUCAAACAGUGUUCUAAAAUUACAGAGCGACAAGUGCGGCAACAUACUUUGCCUUUUGUAUAUAAAUGCCAAGUACACAAUGUUUUUAGUGUCCUUUUGUCUAGUUUUAUAUUUAUUUUUAGUUUCUAGAGAAAAGUGUUUAUAAUCAUGUUUAACUUUUUAUAUGCUCUGUGUCAGUAUGUAUAAUGUAUUACAAAAGUAAAAAAGUUGCUACAUACCUGAAUGAUAUCGAUACUGUGAUGUUACCAUGUCCAUGUGCAUUAUUAUUUAUGUUUAACAUUUACACUGUAAAUGAGUUGUUCUAUUUAUGAAGCCAGUUAUUGUUACAGAACUAUGAGAUUACUUGUGUAAUUAACUAGUAACGCCUUAGUGACUUUAAAUGUUCAUCAAAUGUUCUGUAUCAGUAAUAAUACAUGAAUGUACAUUUUUUUUUUAUCUGAAAAUAAGUAUCAAUACAGAAAGAAAUUAAAUUGUAAAUUAGA